UGUGCAGAUGAUUUCACGUUUUCUGGUAGUCGCGUACUUGGCAAGCUUUAGCAAAAUCUGCAUACCGCAAGCGAAAGCGAUCGUUUUACUUGGAGGAAUUUCGUAGUUUUAGGUUUAGCUUAGCCUUCAAAGUUUGGCAGAUCCAUUGAUUUCUUGCCAAAUUCCUUGUUUUUGUGUCGAUUUAGUGUUGUUGAUCCGACAGCAACUGCUAUGGACUUAUCAAUGCUAAUAUGAGGUUGAUAUAUUUGUUCUGUAUUGGCUGACUUUUUUGAUCGGUGUAUCAGAAUAUAUAGUUUUCCUCGUUUAAUUUUUCCGAUGAAAUGAAACUGAAAGGGAAGACCGGAGAUAAAAGAUACGUUGUCUUAGAAAGUAGAGUUUGGAUUCAUCAUCGUUAAUUGAGUGUAGUUUUGAGUUUUGGAAAUUGGGUACCGCAAUUGACGAGUUUAAAGGAGGAGCGUCUUUUUUUCUUUCUCUGUAUCGUGAUCACGCUAGUCAUUCCUUUCCCGAUGAAGAUUCAACCAAUCGACUUCAACAUACCUGAAGAAUCGACUCACCAUGAGCAGGUAAAGCCAGUCUUAAAGUCACGGCUUAAGCGGCUUUUUGAGCGGCAAUUCCAAAGUGUUCUGAGAACAUCAGCGCCGGAGAAACCAGUGACCGGAAAUGAAGAGCUACAUUGCAACAAAUAUGGAUCAGAAAACUUCGAGACGAACUCCAUUUGCCUGGCGAAAAUGGUUCAGAAUUUCAUCGAAGAGAGCAACGAAAAACAAUCCGCUGCUGUGAGGUGUGGUCCGAAACGAUCCAAUUGCUUCAACAGGAACAAUACGGAUAGUUCAGACGACGAAUUUGACUCAUUUGAUUGUUUCGGUGACUCGAACCACACCUUCAAUAGUGAUGCUUGUGAAAUUCUCAAGAGUUUGGUGUGUUGUGGUAGUGAUUCCGAAAGAACUCUGUUGCUGAAAACUGCGAAAAUCGUUGAGAAAAACAAGAUCGGUAAGCGUAAAGACGAUUUUUGCAGAAACAUCGUCACUGACGGUCUAUUAGCUUUGGGUUACGACGCUUCCAUCUGCAAAUCCCGAUGGGAUAAAUCCCCCUCAUAUCCCGCCGGGGCAUAUGACUACAUCGAUGUAAUUAAAGACGGCGAGAGGUUGAUCGUGGACAUUGAUUUCAGAUCAGAGUUCGAAAUUGCACGACCAACCAAAGCCUACAAAGCCAUCCUGCAGAUACUGCCUCAGAUUUUCGUCGGCAAAGCUGAUCGUCUCCAGAGGAUCAUAUGUGUGGUAUCCGAGGCAGCGAAACAGAGCCUGCUGAAGAAGGGAAUGCAUGUCCCUCCAUGGAGAAAAGCUGAGUAUGUCAAAGCCAAAUGGCUCUCUCCUUGCACUCGAACCACACCAACAGUUGCUCUUGCACCGACAUCUGAGAACAUUCCCCACGAAACUGACCUCAAAUUCCAAAAUCAAGAGACUUUGCUGCGAAAGAAAAGCUCCGUGGGCGAGUUGGAGCUGAUCUUCGGAGAGAAAAUCUCUCCGGCUGAGACUGAAACUGUUGAUGCUGUUUUUACGUUGUCCAAUAGUUCCGUUGAAGAAGAGAUUCCGGUGGCUAAACAAUGGGAGCCGCCGGAGAUCAAACCGAAGGCUUCACAAACUGGAGUCAAGAUCGUUGCUGGUUUAACUUCUGUCAUUGAAGACAAGACAUAAAUUUUGAUUUUGUUUUACUUUGUGUUUUUGGUUUUCUGGUGUUUUUGGUUCCAGAAAGUCAAAUACCGUCGCCGGUACCAACCUUUUUAUUGGUUGAUCAUCAUCCCCUUCUCGUUUUUGUUGUAAGGGUUAUAUAAAAUCCACUAACAUAGUCAAUAAUAUUGUUGCAAGUAGCUUUAUUAUAUACAUAACAAUUGUCAUUAUUGAUCAGUAAAA